AUGGACCCUUAUAACAACGACCAACAAGUCGUUGGUUAUGGAUCGAUCAAUAAUGACCGUGGUGGACAUGGUCCAAACGUAUCGAUCAAUGAUGAUGACACUGGCGCAGAUGAGAAGACACAAUUGAUCAUCAAGGAUGACGUGCAACAACAACAACAGUCCGAGCCAGACAGACCCAUUCACAUGAUCAGUAUGAUCAGUAUAAUGGCGGUGGGAUUCAUCGCCAACAUUGAGUACGGCAUUGUGAUGCCAUCGAUCAAUGGCUUCAUCGAGUCCAAGGACUCGCGAUACAAUCACAUGAACACCACUGGCUCGGACAGCAGCGGCGAAAACACCAGCGACAGCUAUCUCGGAUGGGCCAUCUCUGGCUUCAGUGUCACGCAACUGGUCUUUCUGCCACUCGUCGGUAUAUGGGCUGAUCGCAGGUCGAUCCGCGAAGCCAUCAGUGUGUGCAUCUUGAUUGGAAUCAUUGGCAACGUGGUGUACGCCACUGCCAUCAACCCUGUCAUGAUUGUCAUGGGCCGUGUCAUUGCUGGCAUAGGCAGCGCCAACAUGGCACUGACAACCAGCUAUAUCUCGGCCGUAUCAAGCAAAGAGCAGCGCACCAAAUACAUGGGCAAGAUCAACGGUAUCAACGCCAUCGGCUUGGUGGCCGGACCCGCGUUCAAUCUUCUUCUGGCGCUCUGCAAGUUUGACAUCAAGAUUGGCAAGAUGGAUAUCAAGGUCACACCAUACAACAGUCCAGGCUACAUGCUGGCCUUCCUUCUAACGUGCUGUCUGGUAUCGUUCAUCUGGUUCAAGGAGCCCGAGAGAAUGAAUGUCGAGGAAGACGCCAAGCCCAUCAUGCCAGUCGCCGGCAGCUCCUACUACAACUACAACAAUGCUCCAUCACAGCGAGUCAUCAUCCCCACGAGCAGCAACGACAUCACCAUCCAGACGUCCAUCUCGCAGAUCACCGCGGCCAACCAUCAGCUGUCGUUCAACUACCGCUCGAUCAGCAGGUCGAUGCGCUCGGGCCGCCCAGGCACGGCGAUGAUGUUCAACCAGCCCAAGGAGGACAGCUUCUGGACCAACUUCAAGAAGCUGCUCAACGCGUCGCUGCUGACGUGCUUCGUCAUCAACUUUGUACAGAACCUUGUGUUUGGCGCGCUCGAGACAAUGAUCACUCCCAUCACGCAGUACCAGUACAACUUCACCACGCUGGACAACUCGAUCAUGUACUCGGUGGUGUCGACAGAGAUCAUCGUCUUCAUCUUUGCCACAGUGUUUGCCAGUAACUAUGGCAUCCAGGACAAGUACCUCAUUCUGUUUGGCCAGGUGUUCCUUGGUGCCGGUCUCAUUCAGCUGCUCUUCUUCUUUGGUGUGCCUGCCACUGAAUACGUGCCAAUGUGGCAGUUCUGUCUUGCAGUUGGCAUCACCACCGUUGGUAUCCCAACCCAAAACACCUCCAUCUACUCACUCUACUCCAAACUCCUCAACCGCAUCUUUGGUGAGGAGGCUCAACAAGGCUUCCAAUCUGGUUUCAUGAUGCUGAUGGGCUCUUUGGCCAGAAUCGUUGGACCUCUGUGGGCCUCGUAUGGACUGACAAUGGCCAACCGAUUCCCAUUGUUCAUUGUACUGGUGGCUCUAUGGGUGUUUGAUAUUGGUGUCACUCUUAUCUUCUUCAAGUCACUAACAUUUGUCCAUACGCCAGGACAAAAGGCAGUCAUUGUUGGUCAUUAA